CAUAACACAGUUCAAGUGCGCAUUUAAAGAAAAGUAUAAAAUCAGAGAUUUCAUUCACAUAUUUACUGUGUUGAAUUGAUCACUAAACUAACUUGACAUGUCGGAAUUGGAUUCGGUGGAGAGCAGCAAGUUCAAUGAUGGUGAUCCCAUUAUCUUAUUUGGCGGUGGUACAUCGAAGCCAGCAACAGAUAGUAGCAGGUUCAAUGACGCUGGGCUCCCUAUAAUCAACUUAGGUGGCACACCAUUGAAAAAGAAUGUGCUGGCUGAAUUGGACCAACAGAUAACGAAAGAUAUCACCGAAAUACGGGGACUGCAACACAACGAGUUUGCAAAGCAUACGAGCUACAAAAAAGCUUGGGAGACAGCAACUCAUUUAUAUCAGCAAAAGCUUAAAGCUGGGAAACUGAAGGCGGAUGGAAAUCCAGAGGAAUACCACAUAGCCCUGAUUGCAUACACCUUGGCAAGUCCGAAACUAUACCAAGAAUUUAAUCUAGCAACGAGAAAUCUUAAACACGAACACGAUUUCAACGCAUAUCCGUACAAGACUUUGUUCAGUCUACUCAAUCUGGCCGUGCAACAUGUUAAGGGUGAACCGGAAACAUUGACGAGCAGUGCUAAAGUGUAUCGUGGUUGCCAAGGCGAAUUGGCAAAUGCCAAAAAGGGGCAGCAUGUCAUUUUUCAGCAUUUUCUAUCAACUUCAGCAAAAGAAGACAUAGCACAGGCAUUCGGCUCGAAUGUGGUGUUUGUGAUCAGUGGUGGUAGCAAGUCAAAGUACGUCAGAAUGGAUGCGCACAGUGCAAUGAUUAAAAACGAGCACGAGGUGUUGUUUUCGCCGCUUGAACUUUACGAAAUCACUGGCGUUAAGAAAAGCGGUGACAUAAAUCUCAUCGACCUGAAAAUUGUAACGAAACAUUAAAUCAAAACGUUCAUUUGAAUUGUCGAAUCGAGUACGAC